AUGGCGGCCCCUCGCAGUUUCUUCAUCUCUCUCUGCGGUUUAUUUUUUAUUUUAUAUUUUUCUUGUGGAUCUACGACUUCAGGCAACAAAAGAGCAAACCAGGAGCGAUGCGGGUUCAAGGUGCAGUCUGGUGCAGACGGAGGUCGCAGGUUGGCCGUCAACUUCAGAGCUGACAAUUGCUCAUUAAACUAUCCUUUGGGGAAACAUGUGAUCCACGAGGUGACCAACGUCUCCUUCAGUCAUCUGGCCUGUGAGGAUCAGGCUGGCGUGGUCGUCCACUGGUCUGCUAGUCCACUAGGAAUCGAACACAUUAAAGGCUUCAGAGUUUAUCUGGAGGAUAAAAACCCAGAAGGAAAACAGUGUCAACACCUCAUCCUCAAAGACCCCCGACAGCUCAACUUCUCCUACAGGAACACGAAGCUGAGCAGUCAGCCGUUCAGUGGUCUGACCUUUGACACGGACUACAUGGUUCGGGUUGUUCCUUUCCCAACGCUGAUGAACGAGAGCUUCUUCCCUCCAUCCUUCCUCAGGACCAACUCCUGUGAAGUCCUCCUGAGUUCAGACAACCUGGUCUGUAAACCAUUCUGGAAACCGAAGACCCUGAACGUGUCUCAGCUGGGGUCGAACCUCCACGUGGCGUUCGACCAGGCUCCGCCCUCCUUCGGCUUCCACCUGUACUACCUGUACUACAAACUGCGGCAGGAAGGACCGUUCAAACUGCAGCGCUGCAAACCAGACAUGAACCAGCCCAGAACUACAUGCAUCCUCCACGACGUCACUCCAGGGACCUACACUAUAGAGUUGAGAGAUGACAGCAACACUUCGAGGAGGCAGACUCAGUAUCAUGUCAGCCAGGUGCACUCCCCCUGGGCGGGCCCGAUCCGUGCCAUGGCCAUAACAGUGCCUCUGGUCGUCAUGUCCGCCUUCGCCACUCUGUUCACUGUCAUGUGUCGCAAAAAGCAGCAAGAAAACAUCUACAGCCAGUUGGACGAAGAGAGCAGCGAGUCGUCCAAUCAGAGUGCAGCGUUGAACACAGAGCGGCCAUGGCCCCGCCCCAAAGUCUUCAUCUGUUACUCCAACAGAGACUGUCCCAAACACAGCAGUGUCAUACAGAGCUUCGCCUAUUUCCUACAGGACUUCUGCAGCUGUGAGGUUGUGUUGGACCUGUGGGAACACCUUGAGAUGUGCAAAGAGGGUCAGAUGUCAUGGCUCAGCAGACAGCUAGACGAAGCCAACUUCAUCAUCACCGUCUGCUCCAAAGGCCUACGCUACUUUGUGGAAAAGAAGAGCCGCAGAGGGAAGACGCCAGUCAGUCGGCGUAGUAACAACAGUAACAACAGCAGCAGCAGCUCUUCGGCUGGCGGAUCGGGCAGUGACCUGUUCAUUGUGGCUGUGGCCAUGAUCGCUGAGAAGCUGCGGCUGGCCAAGCAGAGCGAGGGCAGCGGGGCUCAGGAGCUGAACCGUUUCAUGACGGUUUACUUUGACUAUUCGACAGAGAGCGACAUUCCCACCGUGCUGAGUCUGGCUCCCAGAUUCAAGCUGAUGGACCAGCUUCCUCAGCUCUUCAGUCGGCUGCACUCCAGUCAGUCCAGUCUGGUCGACCGCGAGUCGCAGCCUCUCAACGUCUCCAGGAGGAACUACUUCAGAAGUAAAUCUGGACGCUCGCUCUACGUAUCCAUCUGCAACAUGCAUCAGCACAUCAGCCAGAACCCUGACUGGUUUGAGAAGCCGCUGGCUCCCGCAGGAGCUUCCACAGCCUCCUCCUCGUCACCUUCUCCUCCUCUCCCCGCUGUCCCAGCCCAAAACUCUCCUCCAAAGGCCUCCUGCUCCUCCUCCUCCUCGUCUCACCCUGAGGAGAAGUUUGACUCUGGCUUGGUGCUAAAUGAGGUGAUGGUGAAGACGCCAACACUGGAGAGCGAGGAGGGAGCAUCAAGGAGGAAUGUGCUCCUGCUGGCCCCUGGCUCCAGUCCCAGCCCCAUUCCCAGUCCUGGUCCCAGUCCUGGUCUCUGUCCCAGUCCAGGCCUGCCACACUGCUCUCUGUCCAUGCUGGGACCUUCAAGGUCCACUUCUGGAAUAUCUGGACUGUUACCUGGAGAGUCUUCCUCCUCUUCCUCUUCUGCUCCCUCCAUCCUCCAGGACGAGGUGUGCUCCAUACCUGUUCAGACAGAAGAAGACCGUCCCUCCCCUCCUGAGGUCCCACCUCGUGAUUCGGGCAUUUAUGAUUCAUCUGUCCCCUCCUCAGAGCUUUCCAUUCCCCUAAUGGAGGGACUGUCACAUGACCAGGCUGACACCUCGUCCCUGGCCGACAGCGAGUCAUCAUCUUCUGGCCUGGGUGACGAGGAGCCGCCUGCUGUUGCAUUGCUCCGCUGCAGUAGUGCCACAGUUUGUAAAGCUGAGCUGCACCACCACCAUCACCUGGAACACAAUGACGGACUUGAACCUAACAGUGGUACUCUGGUCGCCCAUGGCCUGGAGGAUUUUCGGAGCACUGGGAUCUCCAGACGCUGGCAGAGCGGACCGGUUCAAACCAAAGACUGCCUCAGCACUGCGUCCUGA